GUUGCCCAGGCGCACGCCGCCUCGCGCCGCGAAACAAAACACUGUCGCCGUUCCAUUUUUGAAUGAAAAAGUGUCGUGGCAUUUGUUUUUUGAAUCAAAAUAGUGUUGUCAUUUGUUUGUUUAGUGAUCUUGUGAAGUUUUACAGUGAAGUGAUAGCCAGUGAUCAUGGUACGCACUUACAAAGUCGUCAGUUGUUUCAAGAUGCCGAAACGUGGUACCAAGGUGGUACCUUCGCCCAGUGGUGCUGGGGUAUUUACUAUAGACAUGUCUUCCACUUCUACCCUGGACAUAGCUGCAGUGCCAGAGCAGAGAGCGCCCGCCGCGCCCGCUGAGAUGCAGGCGCGACACAGCUUCUGGUGGCAUCUGUUUAUCGACCUGCCCAUAUUGAUACUCGUGGCAGCAGUAUGCAUCCUGCUAGAAGUCGGGGCAUUGCCAAGUCGCCGGAGCGGGUAUACCUGCAACGAUCCUGCCCUCUCUUUCAAACACACGGGGGAUACUUUCUCCAUCUCGCUCGUGGCUGCCAUCACAGUGAUCGUACCGUUUUUGAUUAUGUGGGCCGUAGAAGCAAUACACCACCGCGAAGAAGAAUACAGCAUGAAGCAGAACAAGUUGCUGACCACGGCCAAGACAGCCGGCUUCAUAUACCGCGACUACAUCUACGGAGCCGUGGUCAACCUGACUGUUCUGGAGGUGGUCAAGUGCGUCAUCGGGUCUCCGAGGCCGACCUUCUUUGAUCUGUGCGAGCCUGACACUCCUUGCAAUGGGUCUGAAUACGUGAGCAGCUACACCUGCACCUCCACCAAGUACUCCCGGUACCUGGUCAUCGACUCCACCAGGAGCUUUCCCUCUGCGCACUCCUCGCUGGCCGUCUACUGCGGCCUGUUCUUAGCAUGGUAUCUCCAAAGAAGAGCGUUCAGCUGGCACAACCGUUCAGUCCUGGUGGUGCCUCUCCUCCAAAUCGCUUGUCUGGUCUACGCAGCUGUCUGCUCUCUCAGCAGGCUCACCGACCACCGGCACCAUUGGUGGGACGUGCUAGUCGGUGGCUCAAUGGGGAUGCUCACUGUUCUGUAUACGGUGCUAGUCCUCUGCAAGAACUUCUCCCAGCCAGCCGUGGUGAGCACCAGCGAUAUCUCCAGCAGCGACGGCAACAACCACCACUCAGUCCGACGGCUGCUGUCCAGCGAACCACACGUGGUCGUGCCCUAGCCCCAAGCCGUGUAAGCUGACGCUUACAAAAUACCGACCGAAUUGAGAACCUCCUUUUGUGAAGUCGGUUAAAGACGCUGCCACCGGCAAUUGUGACUUCUGUGUGUGAUGUAGGCUGUAUGCUAUGUAUUUUCAAUUCAUCUUGGAGACUUUUUGGAGGCGUGCUCGUGCAGUUGCGCAUGUUAUAGUCUGUGCCAAUAGACUGUCAUUUUUUUUAAUUAAAUAAAAUUGGCUGAAAUGGAGAAUAUUACGAGUAAAAUCACUUUUAAAACCUAGUUGCAAAAGCUAAAUUACUUUUUAUUGAUCAAUAUCUUCAAUAGUACUUUAAUUAACAAGAAGAGAUUUCCUUAAUCACCAGACAGUAAUCGGUGUUACUUUUAAUUUUAACACCAGCCCAUAAGUUGUCGCAAACUGGUGGUAGGGCAAGCUAUAUUUGGGACUUGUUUAAGCAUCCUAAAAAGGACCUAAGUACUGAAUAAACUAUUUGAAUUUGUCGUUUGACAUCAUUUCACUGUUGUAACAUCGUCAGUUUAUAUUGGCACGGACUAUAGAUCUCUUUUAUUGAACAAAAAUGCUACUUUAGAAAUUUGACUUUUUAAAAUUAACUUAGGUACGUUUUGCCAUAGUAAGAAAAUAGUGCAAGUUGUGUGUUUACUUUAAUUAGUAAUAGACUAUUUGCAUUUAAAUUAUCAGUAAAAUUCUAGCUAGUGCUCUAUUUCUCUACAUCUGACAAAAUGCUGUAGUAUUUGAUCUAUUGCAAUUAUUGUAUUAUCGUAAUAACCCCAUGGUAUGAUAGAGACGGCGCUCUACUAUUGUUUUUUCUAGCAUAACUCCGUUUCAGUCUUUUUCAAAAUGGCGCCCAAAGUUUGGCUAUGCAGCCGUAUUCUGUAGUUUGCCAGGAUUUAUAAAUAAAAAUCGAUAGCAAAUAAGAAUUUUAACAUAAUAAUGUCUUACUCAUGUUAUAUUUUUUUUCCUAUUUGCUAUGCGAUUUUCAAUAUUUAUUUAUUUCAUUAUUAUAAUACAAAUACUGAUCAUAGGAUAUUUAAAUGUAGACCUCAUUGUGAAACCGUGAUAGUAAAUAGUUAAGAUUUUACGUAAUGACAAAAAUUUAUUUAAAAUAGUUGAAGUAAUUUUCAUAGCAAGAAAAACCAGUGAUGAUCUUUUUUGUGUAGAUAUCUUUAGUUAUUUUAUAUUAUUUUAGUAACAGAUCAAUAUAGUACAGUCGAUAACAUAAUAUUAUUAAGUUAUCACAAAAUUACGAUUUCCAUUAUUUAAUUUAGAUCCAAAAUUAAGAAUCCAUCAAGUAAUUCGUAAUUUUGUGGUAACUUGAAUGUAGCAAACAUUAUUUAUUUUCUUUAUUUGUACGAUUUUGUAGAACGUGAUCGAUCAGUUCCAAUCAUUUUGUUUUAAUGUUUAAAUUAAGACAAAUCAUGAUUAUAAUUCCAUUUAAAAAAUCACGAUAUAUUUUUUCGUUAUCAUUUGUAUUAAAAAAUACAAGCUAUUAGGAAAAAAAAACAUUAAAUAUUUUCUAUCGAUCACAAAAUAUUUGAAUGUUCUUUCUUACUUGUAUUAAAUGUUGUGUGUUCAUACUCUUUUCUCCGUAUUACAGAGGCAAUGCACUACUUACUCGAUCUUAAUUUAUUCUAUUUAAAUAAGCGUCGAAUCCAAAUCAAUUUUAUAAAAACCUAAA